CCCGGCCAUUGGGCGCGGCUUGAAUCUUCGAGGCUGUCCAUCACUGCUGUAACAUCGGCCUAGUCAUCGACGCAUCAUGAUGGCGAGCCAACAGUCGCCUACCGGUUUGCCGCCUCAUCAACAUCACCAUUAUGGCGGCCAUCCUGCGCGUCCACCACCGAACGGCGCUGUGCUGAUGCAGCAACCGGCACCGCCUCCGCCGCCGCCGCCAGGGCUGCCUGUCUCGCAGGCCCUCGCCGUGGCAAAUGAGAAGGUAUGGAUAGGCAUAGGCGAUCUCGCACAGGCGAUGAACAAAGUCGACGAUGCGAUUCACGCCUUCGAGCGAGCUCUGUCGUUCAACCAGUGGUCGGUGCCUGCCAUGCUCGCCAUUUCAUCAAUCUUGCGCUCUCAGGACCAGUUCCAAGGCGCAACGGAAUACCUACAGCAAAUCUUGAAAAUCGAGCAAAAUAAUGGCGAGGUUUGGAGCAGUCUCGGCCAUUGCUAUUUGAUGAUGGACGAUCUGCAGCAGGCAUAUUCCGCCUAUCAGCAAGCGCUUUACCACUUGCCGGACCCGAAAGAGCCGAAGUUAUGGUAUGGCAUAGGCAUCCUCUAUGACCGUUACGGAUCUCUUGAACACGCAGAAGAAGCCUUCUCACAGGUCAUGCGCAUGGAGCCAGGCUUCGAGAAGGCCAACGAAAUCUACUUCCGCCUCGGCAUCAUCUACAAACAGCAACAAAAAUUCGACUCAAGUCUCGAGUGCUUCAAAUAUAUUCUAAACGAUCCGCCGCGACCUCUGAGCAAAGAGGACAUCUACUUCCAGAUCGGUCACGUGCAUGAGCAGCAGAAGGAUUAUGACUCCGCGAAGAGAGCAUACACUCGCGUACUAGAGCGUGACGCCGGACACGCCAAAGUCCUGCAGCAACUUGGCUGGCUGCAUCAUCAGCAGAGCACUAGUUUCUCUAGUCAAGAACAGGCUAUCGAGUAUCUCGAAAAAUCCGUUGGAUCGGACAACGAUGAUGCGCAAAGUUGGUACCUGCUCGGCAGAUGUUACAUGUCCAUGCAAAAGUACCCCAAGGCAUACGAAGCAUACCAGCAGGCUGUGUAUCGUGAUGGUCGCAACCCUACAUUCUGGUGCUCAAUCGGUGUCCUCUACUACCAGAUCAACCAAUACAGGGACGCUCUCGAUGCUUAUUCGCGUGCUAUUCGACUCAACCCGAACAUCUCAGAAGUGUGGUACGACCUAGGCACCUUGUACGAAUCUUGCAACAACCAGACUAGCGAUGCGCUUGACGCCUACACCAGAGCUGCAGAACUCGAUCCGUCCAACGUGCACAUCAAAGCUCGCCUGACCCUUCUCAAAGGACAGAUGGCCAAUGGCGGCAUGCCUGCACACGGCAAUGCUUCUGCACCCGUACCACAGGACGUGCAUCCUCAGGCAUAUCAACCUGGCGCUGUCGGCUGUCCGCCUGGACCACAAUGGGGACCGCAUGGUCAGAAUCCAUUGUCGGCCGGACCACCGCCUCCGCCGCUCACAACUGGAGGUAACAAUUGGAAUGAAGGUCGCUUGGCGGAGAUACAAAACCCAUCCUUGCCGCCGCCUCAAGCAAACUCGUAUGACCGAGAGCGCUUGGCUCAGGCUCCACAGCAGGGACCACCAAGGCACCCAAGUCCUCCUCGCGAUCCUUCACGUUCGUAUGUGGAGCAGCCUCACCGCGGGCCGUUGCCGCCCCGUCGAGGACUGUCCCCAUCGCCCAAGGCCCACCACCUCGCGCCCAUGCCAUAUCAGCAAGGUCCACCGCCCAAUGGACCGCCGUCUCAGCAGCAGCACCAGCAGCCGCCAGUGCCGCCUCCGCAGCAACAGGGACCACCUCAUCCGAGCCAUCACGGACAACAGCCGGACCCGCAGAGACCUUCAUACACGCCUCAACAAUCGAAUGGACCUCCGCCGCAGAACGGCCUGCAACCCAGCCCGGCACAGCAACCGCUCCCGCCGUACGGUCGCCAGCCAGAACCACAGGCCGACAUCCGACCGCCACUGAACAAUGCAGCGCACUCACCUGGUGGCCAGUACUCGCGCCAUCCAUAUGACCAUUAUCCCAACUCCUCCACGUCAUCGAUGAACAACGCGCCUCCACAGCCGACGGCACAAACUCAGGUGGAACCUGCCCCGAGAGAAAGAGAAAGGGAUGAAAGAUCAACGAGUGCUGCCCCGAAGCGUCAUCGUGAGUGGGAUGACGAGCCUGUUGUCAAUGGCAAAAAGCCUACAACGGACGAUGCGCGCUCAAGAUUGGAUGAGAUCAAGAUUCAGCGUCACUCGCCCUCAGACAAAGUCGCGACACCGCCGAUCCGCAGCCCGUCAGAAUUGCGAAGAGCUGAAGACCGCCCGGCGUCAGCAUAUCAUCCUUCCGAGGCAGCUCAUCACCCUCCGGCGCUGCCGAGCAUGGCUUCCCUCACCCAGCCAGCACGGAACUCGGCGCCGCCACAGGAGGAACAUCGCGCACCACCUCCGCCGCAGAAAUCCCAGCCAGCGCCAGCCCCUCAACCACUCGCGCCGCCACCUCAGUCGCAGGCACAGACACAGCCACAAACUCAAUCGCAGCCACCGCCACCACCAGCAUCACAGCCGGCGCAAUCGCAGCCACAGCCGCAAAAUCAACCACCAGCGGCAGCACCACGACAAGACCCCGUCUACGAGCCCGCCGCGCGAAAGAUGGAAGUGGAUGAGAAUUAUGACGAUAGCGGAGAUGAAGAGAAACGGGUUGGAUCGAAACAGGAGAACCAGCGCGAGAGCCCCAAGACGACGAAUGCACCUUCUUCGGCAGCGGUUGAAUCCCAGGCGUGAGUCUCCGCGAG